AUGCUGUCGACCAUUGCCAGCUCCGUCAUGGAGAUUGCCAGACGCGCCGAGGGCGAGACAGACCCCGAUGAUACGGAUAAAGGCGACCAGGAAGUGAACACGUCACUGGCCGUCUUCAUCUCCAUCAUACUCCUCAUAAUUGCUUUCUUCACGAGCUACAUACUGCAACAGAAGAAGAUCCAGGCCGUGCACGAGACCGUCAUCUCCAUCUUUGCCGGAAUGACGGUUGGCUUGAUCUUGAGAGUGGCCUCGGGACCCUCUGUUCGAGAUCUCAUCAGCUUCGACUACCAGAUCUUCUUCAACCUGCUUCUCCCGCCCAUCAUCCUGAACUCGGGUUACGAGCUACACCAGGCCAACUUCUUCCGGAAUAUUGGGACCAUCUUGGUUUUUGCCUUUGCUGGAACCUUUCUGUCUGCCGUGGUCAUAGGCCUUCUGUUGUGGCUUUACACCCGAAUACCCAUUGAAGGCUUGACCAUGUCCUUCAAGGAUGCAAUCUCAGUCGGUGCAACCUUGUCUGCCACCGACCCCGUCACCAUUCUGGCCAUCUUCAAUACCUACAAAGUCGAUCCGAAGUUGUAUACCAUCAUCUUCGGCGAAGCUAUCCUCAAUGACGCAAUCGCAAUCGUCAUCUUCGAGACCGCCCAGGACAAGAAGUACGCUACCGACGAAGCUGUGUCGUACGGAGUAGGCAGUUUCUUCCUAGGUGUCGGCGAUUUCCUGCUCGUCUUCUUCGGCAGCUUGACCAUCGGCUUGGCCGUUGGCGUCGGUACAGCCCUUGUUUUGAAGUUCACAUACGUUAGGAGAUACCCUCAGAUCGAGACUUGCUUGAUAGUGCUGAUUACAUAUGCGAGUUACUUCUUCUCGCAAGCCGUGCGCAUGUCAGGCAUUGUGUCCUUGCUUUUCUGCGGUAUCACCCUCAAACACUACGCCUACUUCAACAUGUCACGGCGGAGUCAGCUUAGUACCAAGUAUUUCUUCCAGAUCUUGUCCCAGCUCUCUGAGAACUUCAUCUUCAUAUAUCUGGGCCUUUCACUAUUUACCGAUAACGAUCUCCAGUUCCAGCCGCUCCUCAUCAUUGUCACCGUACUUGCCGUAUGUGCAGCACGAUGGGUCGCCGUGUUUCCCUUGUCGAAAGCCAUCAACUGGUUCCACCACUAUCGAGCACGUCGCCAAGGCAAGGAGGUCCCCGACGAGCUCCCCUAUAGCUACCAGGCGAUGCUGUUCUGGGCCGGUCUGCGCGGAGCUGUCGGGGUAGCACUGGCUGCUCUCUUGGUUGGAGAAAACUCUUACGCGCUCAAGGCUACUGUGCUGGUUGUUGUGGUACUCACUGUGAUCAUCUUUGGUGGUACGACAGCCCGAAUGCUGGAGAUUCUGGGUAUCAGAACGGGGGUUGUUGAGGAAGUGGACAGCGAUGACGAGUUUGAUAUUGAGGCAGCCCCUGGCGGGUCUUACUAUAAGAGAUCUGGAACCGGUAUUGGUUACAAUCCACGACCACGACAAAGGAAUGGCUCGCUCCGUUUAGAUCGUGUGGAUCAUGCAAACGGCAGGCGAAAUGCGGGGCCGGAGCGCGGCAGCUAUGUGUCGGGGCACAGCUCACCAAAGCUAACUCCGCGUGGGGGAAGUCUGAGCCGUAAGGGCUCUCACCAGGCAGUGAGCGAGGAGGUUGAGGCGGCUGACUUGCUCGCCCAGUCUGGCAGCUUGUCCGACUCAGACUUCGGGAGCGACAUUGACACUUCAGAUCUGCCACCUGCAGCGCGCAGAUCACCCCGGAGCAGGUCGAGUCCCAUACUCACGCCCGGUGGUACUUCAGAAGAGGAGGGCGUGUUUUCCUACCCGACGUCUGGUCAUCGACCCGCUGCUCCUAUAUCUACCAGAUCAGCGAUCAGGCAGCUUUUUACCUCGCACGACCCCCAGGCCUUGUUCCGGCAGCUGGACGAAGACUACAUCAAGCCCAAGCUACUGUUAGAUGGCAACAACCACGGACCAGGUGGCGAUAGAGGGGAUGACGAGGGCGGCUCUGGACCGAGCUGA